AUGAAGGUGGUGCUGGAGUUCAGCGGCGGGCUGGAGCUCCUGUUCGGCGGUGAGAAGGAGAUAUGCUGCGACGUCGAACCCCAGAGCGAGGGUGCGCCCGUGACGGUGCGUUCCGUGAUGUUCCACGCGCGGGACAAGCUGCUCCAGGACCGCCCAGAGCUCUUCAUGAAGGGCGACACCGUGCGACCAGGCGUGUUGGUGGUGGUGAACGACUGCGACUGGGAGCUCACGGGCAAGGACGAGACGCCCGUCGAGGACGGCGACCGCAUCUCCUUCAUCAGCACGCUGCACGGCGGGUAG